UAGCUGCAUCGUUUUCAACAAAAACCACUGCGCCGUUGGUAUAGUGGUUAGCAUACUCGCUUCCCAAGAAAUCUUCUAAUUAGCGAGUGACCCGAGUUCGAAUCUCGGACGGCGCACAUCCUUUUGCCUUUUUCUCGGUCCACAUUCAGCCUUGGUGGAAGCUCCGGAGAUGUAUAAGGAGGAUUUCCUUUUUUUUCUUUAACUUCUUUCUUUGCGCAUAUCACAAGAUGACCAAAUGGGCUUCAUCCAGCCAGAGCUACAUAAUGGCCAGUUUCAUUACUAUGGCGCACUCUCAAUCAACGAGUAACUGGCAGGAAAGACAUUUGUCGUCACUUGUCAAGUUGAGGUGCUUACACAUUUCAUCGCCUAUACUCUGGGUCGUCAUCAAAGCUUCCAUCCAAUUGCAAGGUCCCUCCAUGUUGUUUAAUUCAACUCCCAGACAGAUAAGAUUGGCACACGUGCAAUGACUCCUACGUGUAAGUAGAACAGUCCUCAGGUUCCGAUUUGUCAACGGCCUUCAUUGGAGUCAUGCACGCAAGACGCCUUUCCCGUCUUGCCCGUUUCCUCUCACCCAAGACGUUGAGAUGUCUGUCGUCUGCCAUGUUGUCUCUCCUUUACCGCCUUGUUGCUGCUGUACCCGUAUCAUGUACUGUAUGUAACCGUUUCUUUGCUGUCCUGUGGUACGACGGGCGGACAUGUAAGGUACAGCGCAUACACUAUACACGUUACCGCUCAUGUGGGUUUUCGAUAAUUGCCUUGGCCGAAUUACGGGUUGGUGGAUACAACGAGGUUGAUCAUCUUGAUAUUGUUGUAGGUAUAUACCUAUGGGCUUCGCUGUCUUUGUGAGGGAAAUAAGGAGGUGAUCAUGUGUCUUUGAAAUUGCGAAGUGCGAACAUCGCUGGCUCUUGGCGGAGUAGCAAACGUAUCAGGACUAUAAAUCCCUCGGUGCCUGCGGGCAAACUGCCCAUAUAAGUAUGGCAGCUGGGCCAGUGUGGGAGAUGAAGGCUGAACUCAUUUGCUAGAGUUAUCCAAGAGUGCGUUUCAGGCAACGAACAAAAAGAAUUACAUCUCCUUCCAACAACAAGUACUUGCCCAAAAUCUUGCCCACAUGCAUGCGGUGGUGCACCUGGGCCAACUUGGAGGAUGAAACGAGGCCGACGUAUUCGUACUCACAUGCUGCAUCUAUAGGAAAGUUACAACGAAGAGGCGCGCACUGCAUUCCCACUGCAUUGCAUGAUGAUGCUGCAGUGGAAAAGAAAUUGAUGGGCUGAAGAAGGACGGGGGAACUCUCGGAAAACGUGGGGCAGGAACAGACGAGGGGUGCG